AUGGUUCUGAAAAGUGUUUUAUUUUUCUAUCUGAUAAUCAAUUCGACAUGCGCAUACGAUUUUUUUCGAGAUGCAAUAAACUUAAUCGAUCAGUCGUCGGAUCCGUGUGACGAUUUUUACAGACACGCAUGUCCCGUCGGCGACUAUGAUUUUUUAGUUCUCAUGAAAUAUGCUCCCAUAUUUAAAGAAUUGGAGACUAGCCAAGAAGAGAGUGCCUGGGAAAAUUUGAAAAUAGAGGAAGCUUUGAACAAUAUUAAACCUGGAGAGAUUGAGAAUGAAAUAUCCGCUUAUUUCGAACGAGUUUUUCUGGACAUGUGUCAAAACAAUGAUCCUGCAAUGACCACAUUUCUUCUCCGAACACAGCAAAUGUUAUCUCAUGAAAUGUCCACAAAAUGUCGGGCUGAAAACUGCUUGCUACGUCUUGGAGGAGAUUCUAACUGCACAAGAGCAGCCAAUGAUUUUAAGUCACGCGUCGCCAAGAAAACUGAUUCAUCUCACUAUCAGGAAUAUGUUUUGAAAUUGAGAGAAAACAUUGCGGGAUGGAAAAACAAAACCAGAGCCGUAAAUAUCCUUUUGGAUGGCAACUUCAAAGUCGGAGUUGAUAAUAUUAACAGUUUCUUGAUGAAUAUGGUUGAUGUGCUUUUGCAAUGGAUUCAGGUGUAUAAAUAUAUUGCCAAAAAUCCGUUUGAAUUGAUUUUGCAGGAAACACCUUGGGUUAAUGAUCAGAAAAUUAACAGAGCGCUUGAAGCAGUUGCAAGGGACUUAUUCGUGAUUGAUGAAUAUGGAAUUCAACUGAGAGAGAAUAUAGAUGCGCUUAUGAAAACCGAGCAAGACUUUUUGAAAUGCUCUGCGGAUUUUUCAGGAAAACAUGACUUGUUUUGUUCAAUAUAUAGUUACCAUUUUAUGUUUAAUGGUAGAACAACAACUGUUCUUCAUUUCGGCUACGAUGCAACAAAUAGACAUCCAUAUAUUUAUUUUGGUAUGCCUUUCAUCGCACGUGCCGCGAAUUCAGAAAUGGCUGCUAAUCUCGGACUGGCCGGUUACGUUGUUGGACACGAAUUAAGCCAUUCUCUUAUCGAAAAUCCAUCUAAAUCUUAUCUUCUUCCAUAUUCUUCGGCGGAAGCAAUCAACUGUAUACAAACUCAGUACAAUAAUACAUGCGCUGAAUUUAAAGAGGUUUGAUGGGACAUUAUAAUAUUCAUUUGAAAUGUAUUAUGUUAUCUGAAAUGACACAUUACAUUAAUUUGAAAAAUAGAUGGCCAUUUCACAAUUGGUCUGCAGGGACCUCUAAAUCAUCUCGAUUUUCUUAGAAUAAACUGUAAUCG